GAAGUAUAUUUCCGAACGCACCGUUGGUCGAAUUACGCGAAUCCUUUUGACAUUUCUAGCAGAAAGGCGUAGUAUUUUCGACAGAUAAAAUUUCCUAAAGUAGCCGUUUCACGUAUAUUUCGUUUAGAAGAUGAACAGAUUAUUUGGACGGGCUAAGCCCAAAGAACCGCCAGCAAGUAUAACCGACUGCAUCGCCGGGGUGGACAGCAGAGCUGAUUCAGCAGAAAAAAAAAUAGCACGCUUAGAUGCAGAAUUAAAGAAGUAUAAAGAUCAGAUGGCAAAGAUGAGAGAAGGGCCGGCUAAAAAUGCCGUGAAAGCAAAAGCCCUGAGAGUUUUGAAACAGCGUAAAAUGUAUGAAUCCCAAGUAGAUAAUCUGAGACAGCAGGCAUUUAACAUGGAACAGGCCAAUUAUGCCACUCAAACUCUUAAAGACACACAAUCAACUGUCGUAGCUAUGAAACAAGGCGUUAAACAAAUGCAGAAGGAGUUCAAACACAUCAAUAUAGAUGAUAUCGAGGACAUGCAAGAUGACCUGGCUGAUAUGCUAUCACAAGCCGAUGAAGUCCACGAAGCGAUGGGCCGAAGUUAUGGAAUGCCAGAAAUUGACGAUGAUGAAUUAGCAGCUGAAUUGGAUGCUCUUGGUGAUGAAAUAGCCUUGGAUGAUGAUACAUCGUACCUGGAUGACGCUAUUAAAGCACCUAAUGCUCCCAUCAAGGAACCUGGAACAGACUCUGUCAGAAACAAAGAUGGAGUUCUUGUGGAUGAGUUUGGGCUCCCUCAGAUUCCAGCUAGCUAAGUUUAUGCCUAACGUUGAGAUUCACAGUAAUACAUACUUAAGCUAAUCAUUCUUACAGGGGCACUUGCAGGCACAGCACGCUGAUCCAUUUGGGUUUAGGGUAUAAAAAGUUGCAAAAAACAGUCUUCAAGAAUUUUGCUAAGAAAAUACAACUGUUUACUGUUAGUAUUUGUAUCUCUUAACGCAUGCAGUAUCUUUGCCUGUACAAUUUCUGUCCUCUUAACAUGAAAAAUUUAUUUUUUAUUUCUGUAUAGAAUUAAUUUAACUGUAUCAUAAUCCACGUGUAAACAAGAAAAUAUAACAGCUAAUAAAAUGCUUGUAUCUGCCGAUAUGGUUGUUCCAGAUCAAUUGGAAAUUCCAUUUGGCGAAUCGAACAAAAUUA